UCCAAGUUUUCCACUGCCUUGAAAAGAAUGAGGGUGGCAGCUCUAUAGGGACCACCUCCAGACUCUCUCAAGAGAGAACUCUGGGGAUCCAGUUUGGGGACUGUUAUUGAGUGGAUCUUACCAGAUCUUGAGGUUUUAGGUCUCUGGGAAGCCCUGAAACUUUUACACUACAUCAAGAUGAAGACAUCUGGGCCAAGAUAUGACACAAACAGGAAUCCUGAAGAAUUCCAAUGAUGUGGUAGUAAAUAAUGAGUAGCAGCCACCAUAGCAACGGACCAGCCAGCAUGAGUGUCAACAAAGUUUCGGCUUUCUCAUUGACAUUGGAACAAAAAACAGGCUUUGCAUUUGUGGGGAUUCUAUGCAUUUUCUUGGGCCUUCUGAUUAUCAGAUGCUUCAAAAUCCUGCUGGACCCCUACAGUAGCAUGCCUUCCUCUACUUGGGAAAAUGAAGUGGAAGAGUUUGACAAAGGAACCUUUGAAUAUGCACUUGCAUGAAGACCUUGCCUUCAUUUUCAUGUUUAUUCAAGUUCAAUGGAAAAAAAAAUUCAAAAAAAAAACCAACCCCAACAACAACCUAUGGCUCAUACAUCUGUAACCAUCACUGAUGCAAUGAAGGGAAGCUUGUGGCAUCUAUUUGGUUAAAUAAAUGUCUAAUAG